AUGCCUGGCUUGGACGAACAACAAUCAUCAUUAGCCUUGUCUGACUCGUCACUGACUGAAGUUGGUGCUUCAUCGCAUUCUCAUCAAUUGUCUGAUGUGCCAAGAACCUCUUCGUUCGUAUCAUCAACAUCCUACUCAAGUCAUCAUCCACAAUUUCAAUUUGAACAACAAUAUGCUGAAUAUCAAGUAAAAAUUGAUCAACAAUUUCCUUCCGUAAAGGAUAGUGUUCUCUUUCCUGAUGAUUUGGUAAAGAUUAUAGAAACAUCAAAACCUUCGAAUGGAUCAAGAGCUAAUACUGUUGGAAGUAUAAGUAAUGUACCUCAUCAUAUCAAGGAACAAUUUAGAUAUUUCGAAUCACCACACAUCUCCAUUGAUUAUGCAAAUCAUGGCAAAUUUGAAAAGGCUUCAUUGGAAAAGCUCAAAGUAAGAAGCAAAGAACUCGAAUAUGAAGUGGAUAAAAAAAAGCCAACUCAUACUGUGUCAUCAUCAAGUAUUGAUGUUUCUGCUUCAUCAGCAGAGGAAACUUCAACAUCACCUUCAACUUCUGAAAAUAAUUUUACAAAAUUAAUGAAAGAAACUGAGACAACACAACCAGAAUCUGUGACACCAACAGAAAAUUUACUUUACAAUGUUGAAGAUAUUGUAGAUAAUAUUGACAAAACAUCACAAAAGAUUCACAGUAAUGUUGCCUACAUUAAGAAUGCCAAUCAAAAGUUAAACAAAACAAUGUUCAUGUAUGAUAUGAGUACUCAAUCAGUUGAAUGGGAUUGGAAUGGAGGUGCAGAAGCUCAGAUCUGUAAGAGAAUGAGGGAUAGGAAGGUUCCUCUCAAACACUCACCAAUCAUGAUUGAAUUGUUGGAUUUCAUGCCAAAACUUUUUACUGAAAAAUAUGACUCUGAAAAAAUUGAACCAUUCUUCAUUACAUAUUGUCUUGUGGAUUUUAAUACAAGAAAGAGAAUAAGUGAAGAAUUCCACUGUGAUGUAAACCAUCAAUUAUCAGAUGAAUCCCUAAGAAAGUUAUUGACAUCAUCGGAUCUUAAUGUAAAUUUAUCAAAGAAUAGAGCUAUCUUCCAGGUCAGUGAAAGAUCUCCUGACAUUUCUUUGUAUGUUAGAAUUUACAAAAUUAUUCAAGGAGAUGAAGAUGAUGCAGCAGAACCAUAUGUUAGACCAGAAAAAUGUAAAGAUGCCAAGUCUAAAUUUUUCAAGAAUGUUCAUGAUAAUGUUUUCAAGAUGAGACCAUUCUUACAACCUAUGGCAUAUUCCUUCCAACAAAUGUUCAAUGAAAAUGAAGAUCUUUGUCUCAAUUCCGAAAUUAGUCACUUCCUCAGAACAAAAGGUAAUAUGGGAGAUGAUCAAUUUUUCAAUAUUUAUUCUGGUUCUGCCACAACUCCAUCAGAUUCUUCACUUGGAGCAUCUGGAACAAAGGGAAAGUUGAAGACCUUCCCAGCUAAUAUGAAACUGAGAGUCAUUGAAUUGAAUUCUGAUGACUAUAAUGAACUUAAGAACGAAAUUGAUCAAGUUGACUGUACUGUGGAUAUUGAUGGAACCAAGUAUGAUUUGGCUGAAGAAAAGUUGAAGUGUCACCUUAUCAGAGAAAUUUCUUCUUCCAAGUUAAAUUAUUUCCAUGAAUAUGAUAAUACACUGUACGUCUAUCCUCAAACAGUACAGAUAGGUUCAAGAGGUCUUAUUGGGACAAAAUCAAAGAGUGUCAGUGUCAAAAUAGAAUUGAAGAAUAAUGACGAUAAUCUAGAUGCACCAGGUCUACCACUUAUCUUCAACAGAUUCAAUAAGGAUAAGGAUAGUAAGACAACACAUGACUAUUCAACUAUAACAUACCAUGCUAAGCAUCCAGAAUUCAAUGAUGAAUUUAAAAUUCAGUUGCCAACACACAUAACUGACAAGCACCACUUGUUAUUUACAUUUGUACACGUUCCAUGUAAGAAUAAGGAAAGCGCUUCUGGAAAAGAUGAGCUUCCAUAUAAAGCCAAUAUUGGAAACGUUCUUGGUUAUAGUUUUGUCCCACUUUUGGACUUUACUACACCAAACAAACAAAGAAGAAAGACUAUUGAAGAUGAUACCUCUUCCAUGUCCUUCAAUUUAGGAAAGUUGCUAAGUGGAGUUGAACAAUUACCAAUCUACCAAGAAUUUAGUGAAAAGAAAGGUUAUACAAGCGAAAGAGUUAAGGGUACAAGCAAAUUAAUGGAGAACGGUAAGCCACUCUUUACAGUCUCAUUCCAACCUUUCAGUACAAUUUACACUACAGAUAAGUCUCUUGCUCACUUCUUUGCUUCUCUUCCUCUGGUUAUUAGUGACAAUGAAGUUAGAGAUUCUGUCAUGAUUGUACAACGUCACUCAACUAGUGAACCAUCAGACUUGGUAGGCAGCAGUUCUGGUCUUGUUAGCUCACCUUCCAUUAUGAAGAAUAUUGCAUCUGAUGAUUUAUUUGAUGGUGAAAUGCCAGCCAUUGGUACUAAUAGUCCUCUCUUAAGAAGUAGUAAUAGUGGAGCCUUGUUAUCAAGUAUGAAUCCUGAAAUGAUGGUAAUCAAAUAUCUUUCUGAAAUGUCUCAUGUUCAAGUUAGAGAUUUGGUUAACUUCCUUCCAUCUAUUUUCAAUCAACUUUUAAGAACUAUUUGUACUGGCAUGUGUUAUAACCACACAAUGAAGAAUGCUCAAUUCCAAGCAUUCCAAUUAUUACUUGUAAUAAUAGAUCGUGUAAACAGAUAUUAUUUGGAAACUAGCAGUUCUAGGAAUCAAGAUGAAGAGAGAGUCUCAUCUGAUUCAUCAUCUGAGAGAAAUAGGUUGAUUAAGGAUUAUGUUGACAAAAUUUUUGUUAACUUCCAUCACUGUGACUCAUUCGUAUUUAUUGAGCUUAUCAACCAAUGGAUUAAUAUGUUGGAAGAUACCCAAAUUAGAAGAUCAAAGAAAUCUGAACAAAGUAAACUGAGAAUGGCUGCUUUGGAGAACAAUGACGACAACGAAAGCAAAAUGUCUCUCAUGUACAGUUGGGUACUUUUUGAUCUAAUUAUCAAGUCAUUGACUCUUUAUUUGAAAGAAAAGAAGCUCCUGAAUACCUCUGAUAGAAGUAAGAUGUUUAGUGGAGGAAAUGGAAGACUUGUAGAGUUCCAAAACUUACUUUUGAGAUUGGUACGAAUUAUGGGUGUAGAAACAGCCUAUAGAGCUGGUGCUGGAUUCAACGUUGCUAAGAUUCUCAAUUCUAACUUUGCCCUCUUCUUGAGAGAUUUGUUCAACAUUAUGGACAGAGGCAUUGUUUUGGGCCAUAUUGAAGGCUACAUGAACAUCAUUACUGAUAGAGCUGGAACAGAAGGAAAUGCCAAUUAUGAAGUUAUUCAAGAAUUUAGAAAUACUUUCUUGGAAAUUAUUGUUGAUUACGAAUUCUAUGUUAACAUUUCUCUUCCAUACUUUUACAAACCUGGCAGUAGCCAUAAUCCAAAUGAGGAUUGUGAAGUUAUUACUGAUGAGCAAAAACUGUGCACAAACCAUUACUUGUGCGGUCUUUUGAUGAAAUGGUGUGUUGAUGAUCUUGCCAACAAGGAAAGAGUUGUCAGAAGUAGAUCUAUUUCUCUUAUGAGAAACAUCAUUACUAAACAUGAAUACGACAAGAGAUACCAAAACAAAGAUGUACAAGUAGCUAUUUCAAACAUGUACUUCGCAUACGUGCUCUUAUUUAUUGAUAUUUUCCACAAAUUUAAGAAGGCCAGUGAAUCUAAGUUAACUGAAAUUAGAAACAUUGUGAAUAAGGCCAAGAAUGAUUUCCAACAAAAGUUGAACGAGUUAAGCAAGCAACAACAAGAACAACAAGAUCAACCACAACCACAACAAUUGAAAGACCUUGAAGAUAGUGUACAAAUUUCCAAAAAGCAAUACAAUGACACUUUGACACAAUUCAAGGACGAGAAAGAAAGAUCAAAGCUCGAAAAACAACAAGCUUUGAUUACUGUUAUUUUCAUUUUGUUUAAUAUGGACAGAGAACUCUUCUUGAAGUGGUUUGAAACAGAAAGUUUCAACAGAAAGAAGAUUUUACUCCAAAUUAUUUACAUGUCUGUACAAGUUUUCCAAUAUAGUGGUAGAAAGAAGAUUGAAGAAAAUCACAAACUUGGUAUUGGUGCUCAUACAAAUACUGGAAAGUCUCUUAAUGAAGCUAAAUCCAGAUUAGAAAACCUUUAUACUUCACUCGAUAGAAGAAUUCCAAACAGACCAAAUCCAAACACUGGCCGUCGUAACUUUAAGGACAGAAUGAACUUUACAACACAAAACAGAUCUGUCAGAGGUGGACAAACAGGAAGCAUUACUGAGUCAUCUCUUGCAGCCCAAAUUAACAAAUCUGGAGGUGGUAGCAUUUCUUCAAGAUCUACCGUUUCUUCAACUAAUUCAACUGGAACAACAAGAAGUAACAUUCCAUUCAAGGAAAGCGAGAAGAAGAUCAUUGAUGAUUUGGUUUUAUGGGAAUCUAGAUUGAAUGUUGAAAUUUCAAGUUGUAUUCUCUCUUUAAUGCUCGACAUUUGCAAGAAAUUCCAAUUCAGUUCUAUCAUGGAUUUGAUUCUUAACUUGGAAAUCAACAGAAAGAGAAACGAACUUGAAAUAUUCCAUCACGUUUUCCAUAUUUUGAUGUCCUUCUUCAAGACCAACCAAGCAGACUGCUCAUUGAUUGCUCUCUAUCACCUUUUAAGAGUUUUUGUUAAAAAGUUCAGAUCAACAAUCUUCACCAGUAAGAAUGCUGAAUAUAUUGAAGUAUUGUCAAAACUUGUUCUCAGACAAAGUCAAUCUGUCGUAGAUAGAGUCAGAGCUGAAGCAACUGCAUUGCUUUAUUGGAUGAUCAAACAAAAUUAUCUCAGCGAUGAACUCUAUAACUUUACUAGAACAAAGAUUCAAACAACUGUUGCCUUGUCCUAUUUGGCUUCUGAGUUUGAAAAUGGUGUAAAUAUCCAACUUUUGAGAGAAAGUUUCCAAAUUAUUUCAGAUUAUGCUGCUGCUGAUAAGUCUGUACCUCAACUCCCUCCUCAAGAUGUUAAAUCAAAUCAACCAAAGGUAUUCGAAAUUAAGAAACCAAGUGCUGAGGAAGAUGACAGUGCCUACAAGAUGCCUUUCAGCCAACAAGUCAAACAACUUGUUGAGAGAUUGAGAAAGACACUUCUUGAUACUGUUCAAAUCGAAGAGCUUAAGAAGAGAAAGGCUGAUCAAGAAACUAUGUGUGAUUUAUAUCACCGAAUUGCUGGAGGUUACAAACAUGCUCCUGAACUCUCCGUGACAUGGUAUCACAAUCUUGCACAAGAACAUAUCAAGCACGAGAGAUAUAUCGAAGCAGCUGAGUGCUAUGUCUAUAUUGCUGGCGUAGUAUUUGAAUAUUUGAAAUUGAGACGUGAUAAGGCUGUAUGGGGUGGUCAAUAUGGUAGUGAGCAAAAGAAGGUUAACGAACUUUCUCAAUACUUACUCAAUAUUUCACCAUAUUUAAGAAGUGAAAACUUCUCAGAACUUAGAGCCUUGUUCCAAAGAAAACCUUCUGAAAAUACUGAAGGACCUGUUGGACCUGAGUUUGAAUCACACUACUUCAAUAGAGAUGGUAUGGUUCAAUUGAUUUAUAGCGCUAUUCAUUUCUGUAAGGAAGAUGGCUACUAUGAAUACAUGAUUGAAUUGCACAAAUUACUUUUGGGCUUGUUUGAAAUUGAAGGUAACUUUGAAAGAAUGAAGAGUGUUCACAACGAACUCAGUAAUUUAUAUGCCAAGAUUGCUGAACCAAAGACCAGAUCAGCUCGUCUCUUUGGUGCCUACUAUCGUAUUUAUUUUGUUGGACAAUUAUUCCCUGAAAAUGUUCGGGAAAAGGAAUUCGUUUACAAAAUGCCAAAGACAACUCGUCUUAACAGUCUUAUGACCUAUCUUAAGGAUCACUUCAGAUUUGGCAAAGAACUCAAGAUUAUUGGUGAUAGUCAAAUUAUUACUGACGCCAUGAAGCAAGAGGAUGAAGCCUAUGUUCAAAUUACUUCAGUGAAACCAUACUAUGAUCCAACAGACGCAGUUGCCUAUGAAAUUUCCAACAGUGAUAGAUACUUUAAUGAAAAUGUUAACAUUUCCAAGUUCAUUUUCGAAACACCAUUCACUAUGGCAGGUAAGAAAUCUCACGGAAGCAUUACAGAACAAUGCAAGAGAAAGACUAUCAUCAAAACUAAGAUUACCUUCCCAUCUGUACUUAACAGAAGUGAAGUACUUUCAAAGGACCAUACAGAAUUGACACCAAUUGAAAAUUCUACUGAAAUUGUUGAAAUGUCAAUUCAAAGACUUGCUACUGCUUGUUCAGGAGCUGAUCAAGUUAAUGCAUCUGAAAAAGAUGAAGGAAAGAACAAGCAAGUUUUCAGAUUUGGUAGAAUUUUAGAUGAUGACUUUGAUGUUGACGAAGAGUUUGCUACUGACCAAACUGAAGCUACACCAGUCACUAUUUUGCCAGUUGGUGACAACAAUGUUACUCCAACUUCACCAAGUGAUGAUCUAGUGAAUGUAGAAAAGAAGAAACAAUCUGCUCCUAUUGAUGUCAGUCAACUUCACCUCGUCUUGACAGGUGUUGUCAUUCCAUCUGUGAAUGAAGGUAUUCCACACAUUGUUAAUUCAUUCCUCCAUCCUGAUGAAGUUUCCAAAUAUGAACCACAAUUUGUCAAGAACUUGAAGAAAGCUUGUGUUGAAUUUUUAAGAAGCUGUUACAGAGCUAUUCUUAUCAGUAAUGAAUAUUGCAGUGAUGCCCAAAGACCAUUGCACAACAAAUUCGAGGAAGGAUAUGUUACACUUAUCUCAGUAUUUGAAAAAUGCAUUGAUAUCCCAGAAGAAAUUAGAGAAAUUCGUAAGAAUUAA